CGCUGUGCAUCAUCAUUUUUACGAGUGUUACGAGCAUUCCGGAACAAUUGUUAGGCAUUUAAGAAGUGGAGGUUAAUUAGGGCAUUGUCCAUAAAUGUACUUGGGCAUAUAAUCUCAAUCUCCAAUUUUGCCAUUCACCUUCCCCGUAUAAUAUCACAUCAUAAAUCGCUGAUCCAUCAGAUUGGGCAAGCAAGAAUGACGCGACCAUUUUUCGUUGCAUGCGUUUACGUGAUAGCAAUAAUGGUGAUUAUGACGAGGCCAUCUUCCGCCCUGCCAUCCCCAGGACUGACGGACGCCGUAGGAGGCGUCGGAGGUGGCGGUGGUGGUGCUGGUGCUGGUGGUGGGGGCAGCAAAGGGAUUGCAGGAACGGGCGUCGGUGGAGGCGGUGAGGGGGGUGGCCUUCUGGGCACCGGCAUUUCCGUCGCAAGUACAGUGGGCGAACUGGGCCUUGGCAGCGUUACUGGAUAGAUCUGUAAAUUCCAUAAUAAAUUGCACUUUUGAAAAUGCAGAAUAAAUACAUUCAGAAAUUUUCUCAUGUA